UUCAAUUAAACAGAAAUAAGAUAAAAUGAGUCCCCAACAGUCGGCCGAAGUGGACAACAUUGACCCUGAGCCGUCAACUUUAACGAAAUCUUCAUGGUGGGGGGAUUCAUAAAAACCAAAACACCAUCAUGAGCGAUUCAGAGGAUACCAAAGUUGCUGAUGACCCGGAGGAGUCCCAGGAGCUUCCGUGGCCUGAAAAUGGAGAUGAGUGGAGCGAGGGGGAGGCUGACACCAGCAUGGACUGUGGGCUCCUGCAGGCCAUGGCCGAGGAGGACGAGGAGAUCAACGUCCACAAUGAGGAGACUUUCGGCAUGGACGUCGACUCACAAAUGACCCCAAACGGGCCCGGCGGGGACCUCCUGGAGUUCGGGGAUCCGCCGCCUCUGCCCCCGACGCCGCCGCCAGACCGCAGACGCCCAUCGCCUCAGAGCUCGCCUUCUCCUCCCGGACGGCCUGCCCAGUACGUGCAGCGGAGCAGAGGGAGAGGGCAGAGGAGGGGGCUGGCCAGGGGUCAGAUCUUCGAAGACCCCGCCGUGAUGAGGAUAGUGGAGGGCCGGCCGAGCCUCAAGAGUCUAGAUAGCGCUAUAGUGGACUGUGGGAAGGUCUUGAAUGACCAAACCUUUGAGGAUUGGGUGGAGCCGUCAUACAGAAAGACCAGAAGAGUCUCUGGAUCAAUAUUUCAGGACAGCGCUAUAGUGUGCGUGAUCGAGGGCCGCCGAGGCCAGCACCUGACCUCGGACUUCCUGGAUCCUGCUGCUGUCUCCUUCAGGGGCAGGAGAGGGGGGGACCUGAGGGGGCCCUACUCGAGGCGGCAGUUUGGCCCGAGAAGCCCUUCGCAGGUGCCCUUGAUGCCGAGUCCUCCUUUCUGCCGUCAGCCGCUGACCCAGAGGCAGCACUGCAACCAGACCGGCGGGUUCGGGUACCCCAUGAACCGGCUGUGCCCGUCCACCCCGCAAGCGCUCAGCCCCAAAGUGAUGCAGCUUCAGUUCGGCCCCAACUCGCCGAGGCCGUCCCCCUUUUACAGCCCCUCAUCUAAUCCGGUACAACGUUUCAGAUACCCGGGUCCGGUCACUCAGCUCCAUCCGCAACACAAACGCUUACUUAACCAAAAACAGUGUCUCUUCCACAGGAAACUGGAUGAUUGGGAUCCUUACUGUAAUCUGAUGACAGCCAAGGAGAAGGAGUGGAUCAUCCGCCUCCAGAUGAUCCAGCUGCAAAGCGAGAAUCCGUACCUUGAGGAUUACUACUAUCAGGAGUACUACAGGCGAGUGGAAGCAAAGAUGGCGGAGGAGGAGCUGGGCAUCAGGAGCAAGAGGGAGCCCCUCAAACUCACGACUCCUUACAUCACAAAAACGGACGCGUACACACCAGUGGUGCACAUUGAAGGAUCGCUGGGGCAAGUGGCGGUGUCCACUUGUUACUCCCCUCGGCGCGCCAUCGGGGCUGUCCACGCGGUCCAAGCUCAGGGUCCGCUCGAGGAGUUAAAAGACACAAGACGGCAGCGAUUAGAAGUUCUGAGCGAGAUUGAAAAGCUGUUUAUGGUUUUGCUGGAGGUGGAAGAGACCGACAGGACCAAAAUCGCCGUCCUGUCCGAGCCCGAGGAAAGGAGGUUGGUGGAGAAGACCCAGAGGAAAGUGGAGCACAUCUACUCCAAGAUGCAGAACCACGACGUCCUCGAUUCAGAAGGAGAGUUUCUUCCUUUCCUGGUGGUCUCAAAGGGCAAAAAGCUCCUUUCCCGCCUCUUGCCUUUCUUGAAGCACGAUUCCGCCGUCAACAUCCUCAGGAUUGUCACCGCCAACCUCCCGACGUUGAUGAGCAGAGACACAGACGAGAACCUUCCCGUGCUCUACCCUCCUCUUCGAAAUGUGAUCGGAGGCCUGAGCUUUAGUCAGCUGAUCGGGAUCCUCAGGGUUCUGACGUCGUCGGAGAGGCUUCCGACUAACGAGUGUCUCUCGCUGGCGUGCCAGAACAAGUUUGGGCUCUCUCUGCUUUAUGCUCUGCUGUCCCACGGAGAAAAGUUGUUGUCGUCUGGCGUUCCUCUGGAGCCCAGCAUCGGUGACUUUGAGACAUGGACGGACACAAUAUUUCAGGUAGCCGGGCAGCUUUCCCAGUGUUCGCUGGUGGAGCCGCUCCUCCUGCCCUCGAACCUGCUGACGCUCUUCUGCCGCUACUUGGACAAGCGCACCGUGCACCAGCUGAAAAGCAACAUGGAGUCUGCGACAGGAGGUUUGGCGCUUCCGUCUUGAGUCCGAUGGAGUGUGGCAGUCUUGUGAGCUGAGCUGGAACUUGCAGUACAUUUGUGAAUAUAUUCAUAUGCAUCUCUCCCCGCCCACACCCCUUUAUUCCUUUCCCUUGCUACCUCACAUUUGUGCACAUCCAGAAACUGUCCGGUUUCAUUUUGUCCCCCCCACCCCUUUAGUUAAUCAUGUUAGUUUCCGGUGAUGAAGUCACAAAUACUAGACCGCUUUGUCCAUCUGUGUAUUCUCAAAUUGUGUUGGACCAGAGAUUUGCGGCAAAAUUGAGGAUUGUGUAAGUAAUUGUACAGUCAAACCUAUGUUGGUUUAUAGUAAUCAAGUUAUGACAUGG